AAACCUAAACUGACGUUUAAAGAUAAACGAACAAGUACUACUACGACCACCACUACAACUACUACAACUACCACUACUACUCCUAUUCCUUUGCCUACAUUAAAAAUUCCCAUUAUAAAUGGAACUCAAGGGAGAUCUUCUGGAAUAAAUACUAAAAAUAAAGUCAUAAUACUUGAUGAUAAAUCUUUACUGCCCAAAGAAUAUCGACCAAAGGAAACCAAGCCCAAUGAUGAUUUAUUGAAUAAGCUUAAGAAAGAUGAUAUUAGUAAAUUCCUACUACCAGGGUACAAACCUCCGGUUUCAGAAACGACACAACCUAAACAACUAGAAAUAUUAGACAAAAUCCAGAAAGUAGAUAUAUCUGCUUUCUUGCCUAAAGGUUUUAAUUUAAAUAAAACAACUACAGCGUCUUCCACUGAAAUGCCUAAACCGAGCAUUAAAAUCCCUGCUAAUGCUGUUCCUGUAGAUAUAUCUGCACUUUUGCCAUCCAAUUAUAAGCUAAAUAAAACUGAAAGUGUUAAAAGUGAGGACUUGUUAAGUAAAAUUAAAAUUGCUGACAUAUCUAACUUGUUACCACCCGGAUUUAAUCCGAAUGUCACUGAAGAGUCCACUCAACCAAGUACAAGCAGUACCAGUACAAAACCAACUGGUGGAAUAAAGCUAGUUUUCCCUUCAAGGCCGGGUGGAAAAUCUGGAAGAAAAACAACACCAAAAUCAACUUUAGAAAUGGGACCAAGUCCAGUUACACCAAAGAUUCAAAAGGGUUGGCCCACUAGGGCUUCUACCGAAUUUACUGGCUGGCCAUCACCGUCUACCACA